UCCCUACCAACGCAUCGGUUUCCAAAUUAAAUCAAAAUUAGUUAUAUUCUCCGGGACAUAACUGCUGAUGAAGGACAGCAAGGAAGAGGUUCUUGGUAGAAAAUGGCUGCCCCUGAUCUUUUGGAUCCCAAAUCUGCAGCACAGAACUCCAAGCCUCGCCUUUCCUUCUCUGCUAAACCCAUUGUCUUAAACCUGGGGGAUGACUGUCAUACCAUUUCCAAGGUAAUGAAGUGGAAAACUGUUUCUGCCAUAUUUCUGCUGGUGUUGCUCUACUUGAUAUUUGGGGCCAUGGUCUUCAAGGCUCUGGAACAGGCCCAUGAGAGAUCCCAGAAGUUCACCAUCCUGGCUGAGAAGCUUGAGUUCCUUACCAGCCACUCCUGUGUCAAUUCAUCCGAACUUGAGGACUUUGUGAAGCAGGUGGUGGCCGCCGUGAGAACUGGGGUAAAUCCCUCAGGCAACUCGUCCAAUGAGAUGAGCCUCUGGGACCUCAGCAGUUCCUUCUUCUUUGCUGGGACUGUUAUCACCACCAUCGGCUUUGGGAACAUCUCUCCACACACUGAAGGGGGAAAGAUAUUCUGCAUUAUCUAUGCUUUGUUGGGGAUCCCUCUCUUUGGUUUCCUGCUGGCUGGGGUUGGAGACCAGCUGGGCACCAUCUUUGGAAAAGGAAUAGCUAAAGUCGAGAAGAUGUUUGUGAAAUGGAACGUGAGUCAAACCAAAAUCCGUGUGACGUCCACCGUACUCUUCAUCUUGUUCGGGUGCCUGCUGUUCGUAACCAUACCUGCCAUCAUCUUUAAGCACAUUGAGGGUUGGAGUGCGCUCGAGGCCAUCUACUUUGUGGUCAUCACUUUGACGACCAUCGGAUUCGGUGAUUUUGUUGCUGGAGGAUCAGAGAUUGAGUACUUGGACUAUUACAAGCCAGCAGUAUGGUUCUGGAUUGUGGUCGGUCUUGCCUACUUUGCUGCUGUACUCAGUAUGAUAGGAGACUGGCUGCGAGUGCUGUCCAAAAAAACAAAGGAAGAGGUGGGGGAAUUCCGCGCCCACGCAGCAGAAUGGACAGCCAAUGUGUCAGCCGAGUUCAAGGAGACCCGGCGACGCCUGAGUGUCGAGAUUUAUGACAAGUUCCAGAGGGCAGCCUCCAUCAAGCGCAAGCUGUCAUCUGAGCUGGGCCUCAGUCCUGGGCAGGAGGCACCACUGGGGAAGAGGGCCCCGUCUGUUAAUUUCACCAGCGAAAGGGACCAGGAUGCCAAGAAUGGCAGCCCAUACAUGAACGGCCUUCAGCCCGACUGUGUUGACUGCAGUGAGAUUGCCAUCAUCGAGCACCUCAAAUAAGGGCGUUCCCUGUCUAGGUGAAAACACUGCUCAGAAAAUUGCCAGAUCCAACUAAUUAACAUUAUACAGGUGUUCACAGUCAUAAUUCAAGUUUUUUACGCACUGUGGGGUCACUUUACACUUGGCACCAGAUGAAUUUCCCCGUAGUUUGAACAAAGCUCCCAAUGUACUACUGAAGAAGAAACACAAGUGCCUUAAAUGUCAAGUCUUAUUUUAAAUUCUUAAACUCUAAUGCAUGUUUUGAUAUGUAUGCCUAUAGUCUGCUUAAGCUUUUGUGAUGAGGACAGGAGCACACACAAACUACAGAAUUUUUCCAGAAUGACUAUAACUGACCUUUUUUUACCAAUUUUUUUUAUUUUAUUUAUUUUUUUUUUAAAUAAUUUGUCAUCCAUAUCUUAUGUUUCUCUUUAAACUAUAUUGUAAUUAAGUUAAAUAGCUAGCAGUGUGAUUUGAAGGCACGGCUGAAGAAUGUUCCUGAGAUUGAUUCCCUUUCGUCACUGCUCUGCGCAUCUUCAAAAGUUUCAGAGCUCAGCAAACACUAGGAUAAUCGAUACUGGUCUCCAUUAAAAAAGGGGGGGAAAUGUGGAUUUUCCAUCUUCUUCUCAAUAUGUAUUUUUUAUAUUGCUCUUAUUUUGCUUUAUUCUUUUAAUAGUACUUGGUAGAACUAUUCCUUAGCAAGUCCUUGACUAUAGCAUGACCCAAUGUAUUGUUGAUCCACAUGAAUGACUUGUAACCUUUGUUAAACUGCAUAAUUCUGAUGAAAAUAGCUCUUUGUUAGAAUAAGAUAGUCAU